AUGCAGAACUUGAUUGCUGAAAUAAUACUUUUUGUUUGGCUGUUGUCGACGCCUGCUUUUGGCGGCAUGAUAUGGCCUGAACCAUGGCCUAUAGCUUGGCAAGACUCGACACUUUCCGUCUUCGCCCUUGCCGAACCACAACAAAACCCACUGGUCAGCAAGCCUGCUCAGUCAGCAUGCCAAACUAGCAAUUUGACGGCCUUCGAUAUGGCCAAGGGCAGAAAAGUGGUCAAUUUCACCACGAACGCCAAGGAGAACUUCGAAGAACCAAAAAUCAGGCCCCUAAAUUCGACAGCCGGAGAACAGUGGGAGUUUGACGGUGUUUCAGCCGACGGCAUGCAGUCGUUCAUCUUUGGUUUCUACCGAGAUCCCAACUACGCUAUAUUGGGAACGGGAAAUUUCCGUUUGUCGAUCGAGUUCUCUUUCGCAGACCGGACUCGCUUCUACGAGGUGUACUACCCUGGGCGAUCUAUUGUAGAAACCUGUCCUCAAGGCACACGAGGAAUAUGGGUGGACGAAAAAGAUGGGUAUAGCUUCUCCUUCAUGGUCAAAGCCGACAUGAGUGAAGCUGUCAUUACUCUUAACUCUGAUACCGUCAAAGGCAAAGCCGUCAUACAAUCCAGUGCCUCACCUCUUGCAGCCGAUGGGCAGUUAUGGCCGGUUGAGGACGCAUCCACGGAGCCGAUUCCUUUUUGGCACUGGUCGCAACCAAUCCCCGCAGGUACAGUGGACCUUGAAGUCGAUAUCAAAGGUCGCAACGUAACUUGGAGUGGGAUGGGCGGGCACGAGAGGUUUUGGUCCGCCUUUAGCUGGUUUACCUGCCUCAGAAACCUCCAAGCCGUUCGAGCAAAGCUAGGCCCAUACGUUCUAAGCUUUUUUCGUCUCGAUUCCAACUUCCCACAAGGUGGUGCUCAUCAGUCUGUCGUGCUCUUCAAAGAAGGCAGGCCCGUGUUCCAGAGCACUCGAGACAGUCCAUCUGACACAGAUGACUUCGUUCUCGCCACGAAGACCUAUGAUGGCGCGGUUACUGGGACACUAAAGGAUAAGGUGACUGGAUUCCAGCUAGAGCUCAUCUCCCCGAGCAAGAAGCGUCACUUUACAUUCUUUGUGGAGCACGCCAACUUGGCCUUUGAGUAUAUUCUCGGCGAAGGUGUUGGCGGUAGCGGUUUCUCAGGCUUCUCGAGGGGCGGCCAUGUUGGGUUAGACCAGUAUGAGGGAGUUGCUCUCAGCGAGGCCCUCACUUUCCCUAAGAAUUCUCCUCUCUUUCAAAGUAACUAUGUUGAAUAA